AUGGCCGAAUUUCAAGAAGACAUCAAAGCUGUCCCUAUUCAGAACCUCUCUGGCGUUCGGUCCGUGUCGCCGGUUGACGAGAAACGUGGAUCCGUGUCAACCACCGCGGCGGCCAAAAAGAUCCUCGAGCACGGUCAAGAUGCCGACGAGGCCAUGAAAGCGUACGCCUCUGGCGAAGUGGUCGAGGUCAGUGAAGCCGACAACAAGCGGCUCUUGCGCAUCAUCGACUGGCAUCUCAUGCCGCUGCUGUGUCUCGUUUACGGUCUGAACUAUCUCGACAAGACGACGUUGUCCUACGCCAGCAUCAUGGGCAUCAAAAAAGACAUCAAUCUCAAGGGUGACGACUAUCAAUGGCUGGGAAGUAUGUUUUACUUUGGCUAUCUGGCCUGGGAAUAUCCCACCAAUCGACUUCUUCAGAGACUGCCACUGGCAAAGUAUUCCGCAUUCUGCGUUAUCGCCUGGGGAACUGUUUUGGCCCUCUUCGCUACCGUGUCCGACUUUGGGGGAGCCGUGGCUAUCCGAUUCUUUCUCGGCGUCUUCGAAGCUGCCGUCACCCCAGGAUUCGCUCUGUUCACUUCUCAAUGGUACACCAAGAAAGAACAAGGCACGAGGGUAGGAACCUGGUUCAGUUUCAAUGGGUUCGGUCAGAUCUUCGGAGGCCUGGUGGCGUACGGCAUCGCUGUUGGCGCCCGCAAGCACGGCACCGCCAUUGCCCCGUGGAAGAUCGUCUUUCUGGUCAAUGGCUGCUUGACUGCCUGUCUGGGCGUGGUUUUCUUCUUUGUCAUGCCAGACAAUCAACUCAACGCACGUUGGCUGAAGCCCAGAGACCGUGUGAUGGCCAUUGAACGAGUCAGGGUCAAUCAGCAGGGCAUUGGCAACAAACACUUCAAGCUGUAUCAAUUGAAGGAGGCGCUCUUGGAUCCCUUGACAUGGGCAUUUGUGUUUUAUUCGUUGACGGCAGAUAUCCCGAACGGUGGGAUCAGCAAUUUCUUCUCGCAGUUGAUCGUAUCGUUCGGUUACACGCCGGAAGAAUCUCUACUGUACGGCACACCAGGCGGGGCGGUCGAGGUCGUCUCGCUCAUUUUCUGCGGAUGGCUGGGCGACAGACUUGGACAGCGCAUCUUGGUCUCAAUGGGCGGGUUGACCAUUGCACUUCUCGGCAUGAUCCUCAUUGUGGCCUUGCCUCUGGACAACAACUCGGGCCGGCUGGCGGGGUACUACCUCACUCAAUGCUCGCCGACGCCGUUUGUCGCCCUGCUCAGUCUGAUAGCCACGAACGUCGCCGGGUAUACGAAGAAGACGACCGUGGCGGCAUUGUAUUUGAUCGGCUAUUGCGUUGGGAAUAUAAUCGGCCCACAGACAUUCAGACCAGGAGACGCACCGAGAUACAAGCCUGCCGAAAUCACGAUCAUCGUGUGCUGGGGUUUGUGUCUGAUUGAUCUCGCCUUUAUCUGGUGGUAUUGCCGCCGUCAGAACAAGCUCAAGGUCAAGGCAAGGCAGGAACCGGGUUAUGUCAAGUUGGAGAACCAAGAGUGA